AUGGCCUCUGUGUAAGUUCUCAUAAGUCAAGUCAAAGAAAGAAUUUUCAUGGAGACUUUAUACGAUUUUUAGGUUAAAGCCUCACGUCUAUUUAUCAUUUUGCAAUAAAUAUGGAUGAAGGAAACAAGGGUUGGUCAUUAGCGGGCUUAUGCAUUCAGUAAUAUGAUUCCACCGUGGGCUCGUUCUAACACCAAAUGGCAAGUGAACGAACUGGAACAAACCACGAUGAGCAAAGGCUGCCAGGAUUCUUCAGUCGCCUUGAGUAGGAGAUUGGCCUCAGAUGGAUUCAACUGAGUGAAACAAGUUUCGUCAUCAUGCCUACUGAAAUGGAUGUUCGGGCAAUGGCAGUGAAUAAUGGUGUGUGUCCAGGGCAGUAAUUAGAUCGAUGGAGAAAUCAGCGCUGAUACGUUCAUUGCCAGUAGAUUUCCUGAUCGCCAUCAUUGGCGCGGUUCAUUUGUAGUAGUUCACUAGCUGGAGAACACCGUCUCACCGGGGAGGCUCAAGUUUUUAGUCGAACACUGUAGAUGAUGCACGAUAAGCUGGCAAUCGUUUUGGUCGUAAAGCAGGUUUUGCAUUGAACCGAAAACAGAAGGUGAUAUUCACCCUGGUGCAGGAACCAAGACCGUCUUGAUAAACGGAUGCGAAUCUCUCAUGUAGAUUCGUCGUCAACUAAGCGGUCAGCUGAUGCGAUAUGACAUGAGUCCGGAGAUAUAUUUGAAGAUUUUUCAAACACGAUUAAGCCGCAAUUCCAGUGGGCUGAGUUUUUCAAUUGACGUUAUUCGGGUCCCAUCAGCAUUCUUAUUUUAGACCAGGAAAUUACAAGAAGUCACUGAUAAUCUGUUUGUCUCCUUACAGACAUCGUUCAGAUGUUGUGGUCAUUACAAACGUAGUUCUAGUCAAAAUGCACUUUUUGCAUUCUGUAAUUUCAUGUUUACAAAUGGGCAUUGGGUCAACGAGUGCUGUGUAUAAACAUGUAAUCAUAUUAUUCAGCAUUUCUUCAGUGAAAAUGUUAUCGAUUUCCCAGGGACUCUGUUCGUUUAAGUCAUUCUAUUCAAUAGCGAACUACUGAGAGGAUAGAACCUAUGAAUUGGGCGGUGGUGAGACUGAAGUCCGUCCUGGCAUGGCCGUUUCGCUCGACUUGGUUUUAGCGUGGAGUCGCAUUACCGAUUGCAUAAGCCUGCUAAAGGCCAACCCAUGUUUCCUUCUCCCAUAUCUAUUGCAAAAUGAUAAGUAGACGUGAGGCUUUAACUGGAAAAUUGUAUAAUGUCUCUAUGAAAUUUCUUUCUUUGACUUGAGUUAUGAGAACUUACACAGAGGCCAUCUAAGGAAUCGUCACAUUUAAGCUCGCCCAUCCAGGAACAUUCAGCCAUAGAUGUGAUCAUGUGAGUCCGUCCAACCAUGCACCAAAUAUGCGUUCAGAUAAGAGUGAUGUUCGAGGCCACAUCCAGCUGAAUGCGUAUUGGUGGACCAUUGGUAAUCAUCCUGAGAGAAUUUCCGUCGUUGCUCAAUCUGUGUUUUAAACGUGACCAGAAAUGAGGGACAACCAAUGACUGGAAUGGACUGAUGGACGAGGCCGACAACACCUCGUCUGCCUCUGACAGGUGCAGGGACGAUGCGAAUCCAGUCCCCAUUUUUUGCAUCGAUGACCUAACCCAUGUUUCCUUCUCUCAUAUGUAUUGCAACGUGGUGAAAAGAACGCCACACCUUAACUGAAAAAUCUUAUGGCACUUCCAUGGAAAUUCUUACUCUGACAUGAGUUCUGUGAAGAAGCAUAGAGGCAAACGCCUUGCUCUCAUGUGCAGCCGGAAUUUAGAUGCAUAAUUACCAAAUGUUGUCAAUCAGUUACACAAAAUGCAAACGCCUUCAUUUCCUUAUCUGCAUUCUCUUUUUUUCCUUUGAAACAGUGAAGACGUGAAGCAAGCCCUUUUUCGCGAAUCUGUACAUCAACCCACGUUACUGUGUGGUGUGUGUGAACCAAACAGUUAGUUCGUGAUUGGAUUACUACACGCCUCUAGUCGAUAGUGGCAACCAACCAAUCGAUUGCCAUUUCAGCAGUCCAAAUGGAUAUUUAAGCAGACAGAAGCGGAGAGGCCUGAGGGCUCCCGUAGUCGUUGAUCAUACACAGUUUGAGGUGCGUUCGUGCAGCUAAGUAGUCAGUUAAAUACAUCGCCCAUUUCACAUCAUGUUUUGUUUUUGUUUUAGACGAAAUUUGCGUGAUGUGGCAACUUCAAUUCGGCAUUCUACUCGGUGCGUGCUUAUUCGCGGCAUACGGCCUGCUUGGUGCAGUCAGGUUCGCGCUUAGCCUACAGUUUCCCUGAAAAACUAACUGACCAUAUAAAUUUUUUCUUCCCAUCGUCUUUUGAUUGUUCCAGCACUGAGACCGAGGGAACUACUAUAACUGUUGGUACUGAUUCCGCGACCACAUAGUCACACUCAAAACAGUGUCCUAGCGUGUGGCCCAAUGCUACUGCAUGUCAUUCUUGCUUGCGUAGACUGUGAAGCUGUCAGAGAACGUAAGCGACAAUAUAGUCCUUCUAACGAGCAUGUUCCAUUGAAUGCCUGUCUGUGGUUAUGUUGAAUUGUUCGUGAAAAUAGCCGUGUUCAGAGCUUGAACCCUGCGAUUGUGAUCUAAAUUAUGUUAUAGAACGUAGUCAUCAGGGUGGGUAAAUUAUGGUUUGAAAUAAGGGUUGAAGGCGAACGAGUGUGGUCGAUCAAAUGAUUUAAAUUAUAAAUCUCACCUACUGGCCAAUGAUGUUGGCCGCGACUGUGGUGGUCUCACUGUGUUGCAUGGCGUUUCGGCAAGAUGACAAGUUCAGAGCUGCUGGAAACCUGCGCCACGCACCGCACGUCCAACCAAUCGACAGGGUUUGGUUUAGGGUGGACUCUGUUCUACCCUAACCACCUCUUCUCCGACAAGUGUUCGCAGUAGCUUUUAAACCGCCUAAUUGAGAGGACGUUAGCAUAAGCUUGUUGUAUCGGAUUUGGUGGAUUUCACUCAGAAGCUUUGGCUGAAAUACGUUCGUAUCAUCCGUUUUUUCCUGAUUACUACCGGCAGAGUUGUUCGGAACAGGUAUGUCAAUAUGGCAAAAUGCUGGUCCUUCCGUAUAUUUUGGUGAGAAAUUAGGUCUGCGCGUUCGUCGAUUUUGCGUCCUACAAUUUGAGUACAGUAAAUCAACGCUUGCUUCUUUGGGAGGCAGAUUUGUAAAUACUCUCAACGGGUACAUUUCAUGCAUCAAGUGCUGGAAUAUAUUUGCAGUGUUCCAUUCAGAAACCAUGAUAAGUCGCGGAUUAACGGAUGACUGUCACCCACCUGUAUACUGUCCGCACAAAAACAGUGAUGAAAUGGGGACAUUCAGUUCGGAUUUCAUAAAAUAUUGAUGGUGUGCGAGCGCAAAUGUGACGAUUCCUCUGAUGUCAUUCGACGCAAGGAUUAGUAUACCUCACCAAUCGCCCAUAACUUCAACCCCAUGGAUUUGUUUCGAUUGAAAAACUCAGCCUACUGUACGUGCUUCUUAAAGGUGUCUGAAAAACUUUCAAAUAUGUCUCCGGACUCAUGUCAUAUCGCAUCAGCUAACCGCUUAGUUGACGUCAAAUCCACAUGAGAGAUUCGCAUCCGUUUAUCAAGACGGUCUUGGUUCCAGCACCAAGGUGAAUGUCACUUUCUGUUUUCGGUCCAAUGCAAAACCUGUUUUACGACCAAAACGAUUGGUACUUACAGUGAUCGACUAAGAACUUGAACCUCCCCGGUGAGACGUCGCUCUCCAGCCAGUGAACUACUACAAAUGAACCGCGCCAAUGGUGGCGGUCAGGAAAACCACUGGCAACGUUCGUCUCUGCACUGAUUUCUCCAUUGAUCUAAGUACUGCUCUGGACACACGCCAUCAUUCACUGCCAUUGCCGGAACAUCCAUGUUACUAGGCCUAAUUAGGUUGAAUCCAUCUGAGGCCUAUCUCCUAAUCAAGAUGACUGAAGAGACCUUGCAGCUUCUGCUGAUUAAUGGUCAUCGUGGUUUGUGCCAGUUCGUCCAGUUGCAAUUUGGUGUUAGAAAUGUUCUCGUAAUUUUCCAGCAAGUACUGCAUACCAUGCUGAUGGGCAAAGGCAAGGCUGCUGUCUACCAUGAGAGCCAACUGAAUGCCUGCAAUGUCCACAGGCCGUAUUCGGCUGGAUACAAGACUAUGACUUACGCCUGCGUCUGGGCAAAUGCAAUUGCCUUCUGCCCUCCGUCAGGCAACGCAAGUUUAAUUUCUCAAUUAUAAUUGUCCUCUGUGCACGGAUAAUACUGACUUCAUCUUGAAGAUGUCUCUGUUAUUAUGGAAUGGUCGACAACUUGAAGGCUCCUAACGCAGAAGAUUAACACAUUGAACACUUCAGUCUUUAGUCCACCACAAACUUUGACGCAUACGAGGACAUCCAGAAAGGCCAACUGGUUAUUCUCUUUUUUCUCUAUCGUAAAUUUUAUGUCCGGUAAGACCGCAUGCAGAUGUUCCUAGAAUGUACGUACAGAACUUCGGUCUGUGUGUUGGAAGACCAGCAAUUCCAACCGUUGCAGGACCGCCUCGGCGAUGAAUCCCGAAUCUGCGAACCCACUGGCGUGCCCUUCACCUGUUCGUAGAUUGUCCCGUCGAACGUGAAGGACGUCCUGAGACAGAGCUUCAGGCGCUGAAGCACUUGGGCGUGUCAAAGACGAUUUUCCAUUUCAUCGUAUUUGCUUUGUAGAAGCAGCUGGAUUGUCUCGAUCGCCAGGUCCUGGGGAAUAGAAGUAAAAAGGGAGAUAACAUUAAAAAAUGCCAUGACCUCAUUUGGAUGGAGGUUUACCCCUUUGAGUUUCUCCAGGAAUUGUGCUGACGACGAGACCGUUGUGUCUGACUCAGCGGUCAGGAACUUGAGACGUCGGAACAGCCACUUAGACAGUCCGUACGUUGGAGUGCCUUUGAGCGACACGAUGGGUCGGAGAGGAGCGCCGUCUUUGUGUACCUUAGGGAGGCCGGAGUAUCGGGCCAAAACCUUGACUUGGGGUAUCGCCAUGCGUCUGUCGGUCGGUAUUAUUGCAUCUCAGUUCUCCAAGGCCAACAACGUCGCAUUAAUUUCGCGUGUCAGCGCUUUUACAGGGUUCGUUGCACAUGGGACAUACUGUCGGUACUCCAGUAAAACUUUGGCUUUUUGUAGGUAGUCUGUACUGUCCAACUCAACCUUGGAGCGCUCCUUGUCCGCUGGCAUGGCGAGCAUGUCUUUGCCGGCCUUCAGUUCUCCAAGCGCAUCAAGUUCGAACUUGGUGAACAUUUCCGCGGCCUGUGGACCAUCAGGUGGGACGACACUUGGUGUCGGAUGAGGCUCUUAGUCUCCUGCGUGGCCUCCGUCUGACCAAGGAUUGAUUCCAUUUGUGCAAUCGUGUUAACGGGUUUGUCUUGGAACAUAUACUCAAAAUGCAGGCUGUUGAAAAACCGCAAUAUAUAAAAUUACGCUAAUGUUUAAUGCAUGUUUAGAUUUAAACUUCAUCAAAACACUAUUUUUAAACGUUAUUCUGUUUAUGAUUUCAUAUUAACUAAGUUUUGUUUACAUGGGAAGACAUUCUAUAUAUCUAAAAAAGAAGUUUACUAAAUUACAGCCAUUUUUGAUGUUUUCGGAAUUUUGAGCUUUUCGUAAAAAUCAACAUUUCGAAGCAGCAUAACGCUGCCUUUAAUAAUUCCUUUAUAUUUUUGAUUCUAUCAAAGUUGCAAACAAUUAGCAUCGAAAUUGUAUUCAUGAAUGGGUAUCGGUUUGCGAGUGAUUUGCAAUCAUUAGUGAAGUUGGAUACAUUUCAUGAGAUAGCACGCCUACUGUAACUGAAUUACUAUAGAAUUAUGUAACAAGAUGAUUUAUUUUAAAACCCUACUUAAGUAAACUUUUCGAAAGGAAAACGCACUUCAGAAUAUCAGCUAGCGUUUCAUGCGUUAGCACACCCACGGUACUUGUGUUUGGCAAAACAGAGGAUCACGUGUUACCAACAAAGCGGCAUUUUCAAAGCAGAGAAGGGUCGAUGCCAGAAACUCCAAUUCACUUUCUACUGUAGAUAGUACUGUUACACACAUCUAGCUUACAUGACAAGCACAACCGAAAGGUUCAGUUUCUGACUGGCAACGGAUGAAAUGGCAGACCCGUCUCCGUUGCAAAUCUGUCACUUGCGCCACUAUUAAACCGCUGUUCUGCCGCACCCUUAUCGAUGAUGAAAUUAACGGAGAGCAUGUCACCCACGACUGUACUUACUCGAGGUUGACAGUGUUCCUUCAGAAGUCGGUUGCUACGCUGUCAUCGAACUUUUCUCGUCAUGUACGACUGCAGUUAAUAAAACGCAUGAGCGAGGGCCUUCAUGCAGUUGAGUCUCGCACACCCGGUGUGAAACUUCCUCAGAACACUUGCUUGCAGUUUUGUGGGACAACGACGCGUCUGAAGAAUAGGAUACAGUCGUCAACGGUGGAUAGAGAAUGUUUUGGUUGGUAAAACUGCUGAAAUUCCCCCGAAAGUUUGCGGGCCUCUGACUGCGAUGGUGUGUGCUUAAUUACCUAUUUCAGUAAAUCAACAUGGAGUUUUGCAUUUCGGACUUCCUGAAAAGUGACAGGGGUGUCUGCGGGAAUGGAGUCCGGAAACAGGCUCUGGUACGCUGAGGCCACUGAGGCGGACAUGAUGAUUGCUCCUUCAGGCUCAUUAUUUCAUGGGUUGAUUAGGCGCAGGAGUGUGACUGCUCACCGAUUUCCUUUAUCGACUGGUACCGGAUAUCGACACUAGUCGGGCCCCGGCAGCAUGCUUAUUUUUGACCAAAAAUUACAAAAAAACACUGAUAGUCUGUUCGAAGGGUGAAAUGAAGACUACAGAACAUUCUUCUCGUGAAACAUGAUACUCAAAGACUCAUUCUCGAUCAGUCCGUAGGGGCGAUUUGCGGAAGCUAGACACGGUUGCGGAGUGAGAAGUCUCCUUUUUCUGUACUGUUGAAAGAGACGGGUGCAAUCACAGCGCCUCUGUAAAGGCGGCGUCCCCACCAUCUGUCUCUCUAUCACGUUUACUGCGUGCUUCGCUUUGUCCACUGAAUUCAACUACUACCUCCUCCUCCUCUUCCAACUCUUCAAUCGCAAUGCACACUCAGACCUCUCAGUCUGCCUCUGUACUGACAUUAUAGGAACAUCUGCAUGCGGUCUUCCCGGACAAAGGAUUUACGAUGAAGAAAGAAGAGAACAACUAGCUGGCCUUCCAGGAUGUUCUCGUAUGCCGCAAAGACUGUCUUGA